GUACAAGUUCACGUACAAAAAUAGAAUGUUGUACAUAGCGAAUAUAAAUAAAGUACUAUACAAUUGUAGCAUAUUUAUCCUAAGAUUGACACAAAUUCUUAUAAAGUUGUUGAAAUCACAACUGAAAGAUUUAUUGCAAAUUAAACGUGGGAAUUAUGUAGACGUGUUGCAUCACAGUGAACAUUUUUUAGUAGUUUCGAAACCAUACGAUAUGUACAUUAAUAGCAAUAAUCCAGAGAAAAAGAAUACCCUUCAAUCUGAAUUAAAAAAAAUUUUACCAAAUUUGGCCAAUCCAAAUUUAUUUCAUGAAUAUCAUUUUGUACAUAGAUUGGAUUAUGCAACCAGUGGUGUUAUAUGUAUCGCAUUAAAUAAAAAGGCAGCGAGAGCUGCUUCGAACGCAUUCGCAUCGCGAAUAGCAAAGAAAUUUUAUUUGGCAUUGCUUCAUGGUCAUAUUAACGAACCUCACCUUGUAAUAGACAAAGCGAUCGGAAUUGAUAUAAGAGAGAAAGAAGGGAACCACAAAAUGUGUAUCGGCGAUAACAUAUUUUGUGAAAAACCACGGAAAUCUUGUACAGUCCUUGUAGUACUGGAACAAGGUUUUAGAAAUGGAAAACCGGCUACAAAAGUGUUAUUAUGCCCUGAGACUGGAAGACGGCAUCAGUUGAGAGUACAUUGUUCUCAUAUUGGUCAUACCGUAGUAGGGGAUUACACAUACAGCGAAAGAAAAGAUAUAGAACCUUAUAGAACAUUUCUUCACUCCUUCAGAUUGAUACUAAAUAAUGAUAUCGAAAACUUAGACGUAAGAAGUAUAGAUCCGUUUCAAGCUUCUGACCCAAGAAAUCAAUGGUCGCCGACAAAUAUUGCCCGAGUCUUGGACGAAAAUAUAUUUUCAGAUAUUUAUAAUCUUAUGCAAUAA